AUGAAUAUAUAUUGUUUAGCUGACCAAAUAUGGGAGUGGAUUGUAUCGUUACGUGUCUAUGGAUUGGCACUGGGAAGUAUUAUGGCAACAGUAAUAUCCGCCUAUUGUGGACGUCGAAAACCAUUGAUUGUCGGUAUGGCUAUGCAACUUGCUGGUGGUCUUCUUAGUGCACUUGUUCGUAGUUCUUCUAUUGGAAUUACGUUGUCAAUGUUCGGCAGAUUUAUCAACGGAUUUGGAUCUGGAGUCGUACAGACUAUGUGGGCUUGUGCUGGAGAAUUUUUUGGUUUAUUAAUUAGCAUGAAUUUUGCUUUUGGUAACGAGCGUUAUUGGCCAAUAGCGCUCGCAAUACCAACUUCAAUUUUACCACUUUGUAUUAUUUGUAUUUGGCGUUCACCAGAAUCACCUCGACAUUUAGCGCUAAAAAAUAAAGUUGAUGAAGCCAAAAAAGCUUUACAAUUUUAUCAGGCAAGAGAAGAUUUUGAAGCAACAUUUUUGGAUAUUACUACCGAGCAACGAUUACAGACAAACCAAACGAAAAAUGAAAAUGUUUGGUAUACACCGUUAAAAGAUCAAUUACUUCGGUUUCGUGAUGGUUUAUUUGUUCGGCCACUGUUGGUGGCAAUGUUCACUCAGAGCUUUGUUCAUCUGAAUGACUGGUUAUGGGUAUCAUAUUCAACGCAGGUUUUCAUCAAUUUUGGUAUGCGCUCAACCGAUGCUCAAGCAGCCUCAUUGUUGAUGGCAGUUCCACAGGCCUUUGUCAGCAUAUCCUUGUUGUUUUGUUUUGAUAACUAUUCCAGGCGAUUUCUGUUAAUAGCACCAACAGUUGGAAGCGUAUUUUGUGGUUUUCUGGCAACGGUUGCAAUCAGAAGCCGUAAAAGUUUGUUGCUGCUUUUUGUUGCAUUAAAAUUUUUAUAUUCACUGCCAAUAAUAGCUGCUGUUGAUCUCUGUUUUGCUGCGAUUGCAAGUGAAAGUGCUUAUACGGUUACACCGGAACUGUUUCUGCAAGCAGAUCGAGCUUCCGGAACCGCAAUUGUCACAUUUGUACAGAAUAUUUUUGGUGGACUUUUAUCAACAUUACUGUUGACAAUAAUUAAUCAAAAAGGUGCUGAAUAUAUACUGAUUCCAUUUGCAAUCGCAAAUAUUCUGUAUGUUAUCGGUGUAUCAAAAAAUCUACCAGAAACUGCGAAUAAAACAUUUCAGGUAAGAACCAGUAAUGAUAAAUUGUAA